AUGGCCUCGGCAGAGCUCGCGGUCGACAACAAGUCGGACCAGACGCCGCUGGCGCGAGAGCGGCAGCACGCGCAGGACGAGCGUGAGGGCCGUCUGCGCUUCGUCGUCGUCAAGAACGACGGCCUCGACCGCUCGCUCAUCUCACUGAUCGACAUGAAGAGCAUCUAUUCGAAGCAGCUGCCAAAAAUGGGGAAGGAGUACAUCGUACGGCUCGUCCUCGACCGCUCGCACACCUCGCUCGCCUGCGUCUUUGAGGGCGAGAUCGUGGGCGGCGUCACUUACCGGAGGCACGCGACGCAGGCGUUUGCAGAGAUCGCCUUCUGCGCCGUCUCGGCGACGCACCAGGUGCGCGGGUACGGCACGCGGCUGAUGAACCAGCUCAAGGAGCACUGCAAGCGCGAGGGGAUCCACUUUCUUCUCACGUACGCCGACAACCACGCGAUUGGCUACUUCCGCAAGCAGGGCUUCCAAAAGCAGGUGACGAUGAAGCGCGAGCGGUGGCUGGGCUACAUCAAGGACUACGACGGAGGCACGUUGAUGGAGUGCGCCAUCGACACGCAGGUGGACUACCUCAACAUCCGCUUCGUCGCCGAGGAGCAGCGCCGCGCGAUCGCGGAGCGGAUGGAGGCGGGCGGCGCGCAGCAGCAGGAGGCGGAGUACGCGGGGUACGACCCGGCGGAGGGAGGGGUGCCGGCCGGGCUGCAGGGGACGUCCUGGCGGGAGAGCGCGCUGCACUGCUCCAUGCAAGGCAAGCCAGUCCCGCUCGCCGACUGCCUGCAGGCCGUGCUUGCAGAGGUUGCCACACACGCAGACGCAUGGCCCUUCCAGACGGCCGUCUCCACCUCGCUCGCGCCGGACUACUACGAGGUGAUCAAGGACCCGGUGGACUUGGCGUCGGUGCGGGCGAGGCUCACGCCGCGGGCGCACCUCCACACUACACCUCGCUCGACCAGUUCCUCGCCGACCUGCUGCGCAUGUGCGAAAACUGCCGCGUGUACAACGGCGACAACAACGAGUACUACGACUGCGCGGUCCGGCUGGAGGCGUUCGUCCGGAAGAAGGUCGGAGAGGUGAGCGUGAGCCGCGUGCCGGCGGACGGGACGCGGCCAGAGAGCGGUGGAUGACAAAGAGCGCGCCGGCCGCCGCGCUCGCCGCUCGUGCGGUCGUGGUGGCGCGCUCUGAGACCUCUGAAAGGCUCUGUGCCUCUGUCCGUAUCUGGCGUGUCUCGCCGCACAUUCCGAUUGGUCUAUGAUUGCUGCCGUGACCGCUAGAGCUAGACUGCUAGAGCCGUACGCGUACCCGUAGCUGGGCGCCCGCCCCACUGCACCCCACUGAGCAUUGUCGCACAGUUAUCAGUUUAUUUCGAAGCCUCAGUUUCAGGUU